AUGGACGAAACGCCAAAGCCGAAGCAAGCAGCGUGUCUGGUUUGUCGUCGCAGCAAGGUCAAAUGCGACUGGGCGCCCCCAAGUGGCCGCUGCAAGAGCAAGAGAGUUGGUCUCGACAAGGCGUUAUUUCAGGUCCAAGAGGCUGUCAAACGAGCAAGAAUAGGCCAGCAGCAGAGCGCCGCGGAUGACAAAGUCCUGACGCAGAUAAGGGCCCUCGUGGGCAGUCUCGACGGCAACGAGUGGCCGUCCAGACAAACGUCCAAUCGUCAAGUGAGCGGAGAGGCCGAGGAUUCGUCCGGCGAAUAUGAAGAAGACGUGGCCGACCGCACGUCCACGUCAGAUUUUGCUCGGCGGACAGAGGAGAGCCUCGCUGUGGACGAUGCCGAGAAUCCGCUGCAACUGUUGGCUCGCGCAUCCUAUUUUCAACCAUGUCGAGACGUUCAGAGCCGUACUUGGACACAGAAUAUGCGGAGGAAAGGCGCACUUCCAGGCGGAAGUCCCGAGGCCGCGAGCCUCGAGGGCUUCUUUUCGGGGGCCAAGGUGAACCUCGAUGUCGGUGACGACAUCGAUCCGAUUGAGCUGGGGUUGAUCACCGAGGAAGAGGCCGAUUCUCUAUUUGCAUACUUUCACGCAAACCUCUCCCAUACGAGAUGGGGGUUUGAUCCCAGGCUGUACACGGUGGCUUACACCCGGUCAAGAUCCGCCUUUCUCUGCACGUCCAUCCUUGCAGCGUCAGCGUUGUUCAUUCCCACAGCCUCUGCAUUGUCAAAACGCCUGUCGAAUCAUGUCACUACUUUGGCACACAGAGUCAUGAUGCGGAGACACAAAUCGCUCGAAAUUGUUUUGGCAUUCAUGGUCAAUAUCCCGUGGAUGUUUCCAGGACAGCACAGCACCGACGACGAGGCCUGUGUCUACAUAUCCAUGGCUACUAGCAUUGCCAUAGACCUGUCUCUACACAAAGUUAUAGUCCCGACGGAAGACCUGCAGGAUUCAAAAUUAGCUCUCGCAAGAGGCGAAUGCUUAGAUACUCGUACAGCACUAGCAAUGGAUGGAUAUCCAGACCUUGAUGCAGGGACAGACAAGGCAAAACUUUUGCUGCGAAACAGGGAGCGCUGUUGGAUAUCUCUAUUUGUCCUAGAACGGGGAAUGUCACUGGCUCGUGGGCGUCCAUCCGUGCUGCCUGUCACUAGACUGAUCGAAGAUUGCGAUAGUUGGCAUCGAUCAGCGGUUGGAGACCCUCAAGACGGCCAUUUGGUGUCAAUGGCUGUGCUACGGCGAGACUUGGACGGUCUCUUCGCCACAGUGCGGUCUCUCUGUGACGGGUCGCAGAACCCAGUCAGCGACGGAUCCUUGAUUGCUCAAUCAAUCCAAAGCUCCAUAGAACGGUUCUUUGAUCAGUGGUACACAGAAUGGGGUGUGUCGAUUGGCAUUGGACCUCAGCGCCGGCUACCUCCAUACGUCGAUAUCCUUGUCACACAUACUCGACUGUCUACCUAUGGCGGCGUUAUCAACCACCCUACAGCUCCUGUCGAAGUCAGGCAAUUCUUCCGCACGGCCGGUCUCUCCUCAGCCUUGAACGUGAUGAGAGCAGCCAUUCAAGGCGAAGGCCAGCUACACUCCAUGCCCAACAACACAGCCAUCAUGAUCUCUUUUGCUGCUUGUUUUGCACUAACCCUCAGCGCUUAUACUUCUGGGGACUCCACCCUGGCACCGAGCAUUCGGAAACUCAUUGACGAGGCCGCCGGUGUUCUGGAAAGGAUUGGGACCAUUACGCAACAUCGAAACGGGCUGUCGGCAUUAUACGCAAGAUAUCUGAGGCAGAUUGUGCGCAAAGCAGCGAAACAAACAGUUGCUAAUUCAUCUGCGCCACCGCCACCGAAUGCGAGUACCCCGACAGCCCCUGAACUACAGCCCUUGGACGCAUCAGUCGCCAUAUCAAACAGCAACAGGUUCUUGAGCGAGCGAUUGACAUGGCCCGAGCCUCUGCAGUUCUCCGCAAUGUCGGACGAUCAAAUUGCACACGUACUCAACCAACCGGGCAACGAGUUUGAGGCUUCAUUUGGUGGGCUUUCCCGGGAAGACAUGAGCAAUUUCGACUGGCUCUACUGGCCAGAAUUCGUGGGCUAG